AUGACUGAGAAAGUCAGAAACGAUCACGUGGCUCCGAUCUACAUCAUCAACCUUCUGAUUUCUGACCUCAUUCAACUCUGCUGCAUGAUCGUUGAAGUGGUACGACUUGAGAUUUGGAGAAUAAGCUUCAAUGUUAUAUUCUAUAUUGCUCUGAUGGCGAGUGUUGGCUUCAUGGUGUGUGUCGCCAUGGAAAGGUAUCUGGUCAUCGCCUGGCCGCUGUGGUACCGCUUCAGGCGAACCAUCAAGAACUCUGUAGUGGUCUGUGUCGUGGUCUGGAGCCUUUCUCUUUUCUUUUUUGUAUUUGUCCAUUUCUUGCAAUAUUCUCAGGUGACACAUACCAUCUUUGCCGUCUUUCUCCUCCUUCCCUUCCCUCUGUUCAUAUUCUUCCUGCGUGGGACCGUUAAAGCCCUUUCUGCAGCCAUUAGUGUCCCUGCUGAUGAAAAACGCCGAAUUGUUGCAGUUUUGAUUCUGGUUCUGCUUAUUUACACAGUGUUGUUCCUGCCCACCAUCAUUUUGUUACUUGUAAAAGAGAUCAAAUAUAACGAUGCCCUCAGAUGUGUGUCUUUCAUUUUAUUAAAGUUGAGUCCUCUUGCAGACGUGUUCCUGUAUGUUUUCAGUAGGAAAGGAGCUGUAGACAAGCUGUUGGCCUCUCUGUGUCGUUGCAGGAUGGACAGCAAUGAUAGAAACAGACCAACAGAAUGA